UGAGAAUGUAAUCUAAGGUUAACCGACAGUGAAUCGUCGUCUGCUAAAUAGACUCACUCGAUCCAUCAAUCUCUUCGGGAUGCAGACAGAAGUAGGCGACAACAAAUAAAUACUUUGGGUACCGUCGUCUGCUGAUUACAGUGAUUAGUACCGAUCUGCCAUGCAGAGCCUCAAAUCUUGUGUGCAAUUGUUGAGCACAACCGGAAAAUUGAUCAAUUUGCAGUCCGUAUUCUUAGAUGCCACCAGAAUAACUGUGUUGUUGCCGCGAUGUGAUAUUCACACAUCACCUGCAGUAAAUGCCAAAGGAUCCAAACCAACACACUGGCUUCAAUACAAUAAAAAAAUCUUCCCUGUUCAAGGUCCCAAUGAAGAACGACGGCCAGCGUACGUUUGCCACAUGAAACCCAACAUCAAAUAUAGUCCAAAAAAUAUGUGGUAUGUUGCUAUCCUGGUGAGAGGUUUGAGCGUUGAUGAAGCAGUAAAACAGCUGAGUUUUGUAUUGAAAAAAGGUGCUGCAGCUGUAAAAGAAGCAAUUAUUGAGGCACAGGAGAUGGCGGUAUCCCAACACAACGUGGAGUUCAAGAGUAACCUUUGGGUCGCUGAAUCUUUUGUGGGAAAAGGUUUGGUAAUAAAAGGUUCUCGAAGACAUGCAAGAGCUCGUAUUGGGGAGGUGCGUCAUACGUACUGCCAUUACUUCGUUAGAUUAGAGGAGGGAUCACCACCCGCAAACUAUUAUUUGCCAGCGCCAAAGAACAAGCAAGAAAUGCUAGAUGAUUGGUUGGCAGAAAUGCGUAAACGCAAGAUCAUAUCAUCACUGUAGACAUUUUUCACCAAUGCCAGGUUCUUUGUAUAGAUGUAAUUCCGAAUUAAAGAUUUCUUUUAAAUCA